GAGGAGAGGGCAGUACGAGACCGGAACCUCCUCCAAGUUCAAGACCAUGACCAGCCCAUUCCUUGGAAGGUGCAGUUUAACCUGGGCAACAGCAGCCGGCUGAGCAACCAGUGCCGCAACUCCAUCCAGGGCAAGCACCUCAUCACCGACGAGCUAGGCUAUGUCUGUGAGAGGAAGGACCUGUUGACAAAUGGCUGCUGCGAUGUGAGUGUCCCCAGCACGAAGCAAUACUGCUGUGACGGCUGCUUGGCCAGUGGCUGCUGUGGAGCUUACGAGCACUGUGUCUCCUGCUGCCUGCAGCCCAGCAAGCAACUUCUUCUGGAGCGCUUCCUCAACCGGGCAGCUGUGGCCUUCCAGAACCUCUUCAUGGCAGUGGAAGACCACUUCGAAUUGUGUUUGGCUAAGUGCAGGACCUCGUCCCAGAGCGUACAGCAUGAGAACACCUACAGGGACCCCAUAGCCAAGUACUGCUAUGGAGAGAGUCCACCCGAGCUCUUCCCUGCCUGAUGGCUGCCACCUGGGCAGGAGCCCGUUGCAGAACCCAUCUGGAGCCAGACCACAGCGCCCAGGCCACUCCACUGCGAGGGCACAGGGAGUACUGGACACCGUGGCCCUGACAUUUCCUCUCAGCACUGGGUGCCAGAUGACAGCGCCACCUCCGGCCUCACCCCUGGGAAAGAACGUGGGCCCCGCUGGCAGGAGCUGGUCUUCUUGGAGCACGUGACCCUGGCCCCUGUGCAGGGCCCUGAGAUCCGGGCCCCUCACUGUACACUGUACGAUUAUUUAUUGGACGCCUCUGGAAUAGUGGGAAGGCGAGGUUAUGUGGGAAGUGCCUUCUGUUCUAGUUGAAUACACUCCAGGAGGUUGUGUUGUGUCCUUGUGUCGAGUCACAAGAACUAAGUCAUCCCUUCACUCCAAGGGUCUUCUCUCUAGGUAGUUACUUUUGGUUUUGUCUCAACAACAUCUUAAAAGUCAGCCUUUAACAUGUCCCUUCAUCUGAAAUUACCCCAAACCCCAAGACAUGGCUUCAUCCUCAGCCUCAGCAGAACAUUCAGCAGUGGCCUGUGUGCCUCUCCUGUAUCUGAGGUGAAGCACCGUGUCCACCAGUCCCCAAGGGCUGUCCGGUGGAGUCCGCUGUCAUGUCCCGGCUGCAGUCAGUCACCAGCCUUGGUGUGGGACGCCUCCCCUGUUGUCUGUCCCAGAGGCCACUGCGAGGCCAUGGGCUGCUAAGCAGCCAGUGCAUCAGCAGCCUGUGCAAUGUGGUUUUCCUCCGGAGCCGCAGCUCCCAGGGGCGUAGCAGACACAAAUGUUGGGUUCCCUAUGAUUUGUGAAGAACAGAAGCCCACCUUCCCAUGGAAGGCCUGCAGAGGUUUUGCACAUUCCUCCCCCACACCUCCAUGGAGGUGGUGGUUCUCCUGGCUGGAGAGCCGCCCACAUAGGCUGCUACAGGCCCCGGAUCCAUGAGCUUAAAGUGCAUUGGGCUCCAGACUUGGAGUAUUUGGUCCUAAGAUCAAGACACCUCCCAGUGAAGAAAGCACGCGUGCUGUUCCUGUCCAUAGUCUCCAGGUGGGCCAGGUCUUCAUGUUUCCCGAUACUCAAGUUGUCCUGGGAGCAGUGUUUUAUGAUCUGUGUGUGUGUGUGUGUGUGUGUGUGUGUGUGCGCGUGCGCAGGGGUUCUGGGAUUUGAACUCAGGGCCUUGUUUGCUUGGCAAGCACUCUACCACUUGAACCAUGCCCCCCAGCCCAAUUUUCUAAUUUUUCCAUGGAGCCUUCAGCCUUAGGUGUCAACAAAUCUGUUUGCAUGGGAGCCUUCGAUUCUCUGAGUUCAGCAGUGUGGAGGCAGACGAGAGCCCUGUGACCUGUCUGCGCAGCCACUCUGCGUAGCUGCCGUGUCAAUCUUCCCUUGGCUCACAUUGGUGUCGCCCUCUUCUCAGAGCUUGUUCUGACCCCUGAGCACAGCAGCCGAUGUAGUGUGAACCUCGGGUCAGCUUCACACUUAAACAGCGCAUCCUACAUGUUCCGUGACCUCACACAGGAACUGCAUCCUCACGGUCCACAGUAAGGUCUGCUUGAAUUUCUACUUGGUAGAUAAGGGAAAUCAAGAGGUGAGGUGACCUGCAGAGUCCCCGCUGAGGUAUAAUGACAGAACCCAAACAAGGGCUUCACCUCCCAUUCUGGUCUGCUAUUCUUCCCACCGCCCCCACCAGUUCCAGAGCCAAAUCUCCCCACACUGCCUCCCUGGAAGUGCAUAGUGGCCUGCAAAAUCUGCUUGCAUUUGCACUUAAUUCAGAGGUGGAGACUUUUGAAUGAAGCCAUCUCCCAAGUACCUGGCGCACCCUCUCUGGCCUCAUGUGCCAGGGCCCCUUGCUGUUCUGUUCUCUCUGCUUGGUUUCUGGUUCCCUUGACCGGGUGUCUACAGUUGAGGACCUUGUGUCAUCAUCUGGUGUACUCAGAGCUUUGCAAAGCACGUGUUGGCAGUUCAGGCAAAGAUCGAAGAAGGGAUGAAAACACCUUUAGUUCAGGAAAAUGGGUUAUAUAGUGUCUUACUUAGACUUAAAGGUGACUGGGUAACUCGAAGUGAGGCAGGCUCGAGUUAGGGAAAGUUCGGGACUCAUAGAAAAUAUAUGACUUAAUAUUGCAUUUCAGAUUGACUCAGGGACCACCCAUGCCUCUCCCUACUCGUUGAUCUUGGAUGGGAAUCUCCUGGGUCUUCCUGUAGGUUAUCGUAGGUUUUAAAAGCACCUGGAAAAGAGAAGCGCUCAGUCUGGGAUGUAGCUCGGUGGUACAGCGCUUGCCUAGCAUGCGUGAGGCCCUGGGUUUGAUCCCAGCACCAAAAAAGAAAAGACAAAAAGAAAAAAAGAGAAGCGCUCUCCUGCUUCCAGAUUCUACCUGUAUUUCCCUUCCGGAACUUUAGUAAACUCCAUUUACACCCACGUGCCCUGCCAUGGAUCCUUCCACAUAGGACACAGAGACUUUUGAAAUCUUCUGACCUUAGGCCGCACCGUUGCUUUUACCAAAAGCAUUUCCCUCUGUUCUGAAGCUUUUGUUUAAAUACUGUGCUCAUGCCAUCUUCCCAGAGAAACAAAACACACAGCAGAGGGAAGAGGCUCCCACACCAUGGCCACACACUGAGAUGCUGGUAUUAAAGGUGAGCCCCAGGGCUCUUGGAGAAGCAGAGGCCCCGGGAGCAGCAAUCACACUCCUGAGCGUGCUCCCCCCAAGGCCUGACACAGGGGAAACAACUCAGUUGACAUUGGUUCCAAGGGAAGCAUUGGGUGCAGUUGCAAUUUGCAGGAUUGUGAGCGAGCUUUCCUGUUCUUGGGGUCUGUGGAGAAGUCAUCAGUGUAUGGAGAGGCUGUUAGUAAUAACAGCCUCUGUUAGUGAGGUGCUGUGAAGCCUCAGGCCCUUCAUCUGUAAAAUGGGAUCACAGCAUCCCCUCCCAGGGUUUCUGAGGAGUGUCAGCAUGAGCCAGGGUGCUGCUUGGGACUGCAAC